ACUCCUCGCCACAUUUCCCACACUCAAGCCGCUUAGGGUUUGCGCGAGAGAGAAGAAGAAGAAGAAGCUAAAAUGGUCUCAGGGUCAGGAAUCUGCGCGAAGCGCGUGGUGGUGGACGCGCGGCACCACAUGCUGGGACGUCUGGCCUCGAUCAUCGCGAAGGAGCUGCUGAACGGGCAGAAGGUGGUGGUGGUCCGGUGCGAGGAGAUCUGCAUCUCCGGCGGCCUUGUCCGCCAGAAGAUGAAGUACUUGAGGUUCCUCCGCAAGCGGAUGAACACCAAGCCCUCCCAUGGCCCCAUCCACUUCCGCGCCCCCGCCAAGAUCCUCUGGCGCACCAUCCGUGGGAUGAUUCCUCACAAGACUAAGAGAGGCGCUGCUGCUCUUGCUCGUCUGAAGGCUUAUGAGGGUGUCCCACCUCCUUAUGAUAAGAUCAAGAGGAUGGUGAUUCCUGAUGCUCUCAAGGUAUUGAGGCUCCAAGCGGGACACAAGUACUGCUUGUUGGGCAGGCUUUCAUCCGAGGUUGGAUGGAACCACUAUGACACUAUCAAGGAGCUUGAGAGGAAGAGAAAGGAGAGGGCGCAGUUGUCCUACGAGAGGAAGAAGCAAUUGAAUAAACUGAGGGUCAAGGCUGAGAAGGCUGCCGAGGAGAAGCUAGGCUCUCAACUCGACAUUAUCGCUCCCAUCAAAUAUUGAUCCGAAGACAUUCGGUUUUUAGAAUGAGAAGGUUGUGGAGAAUUGAGCUGCUGUCAAAUUUGUUUUCGAUUUUGAGACUGUUCUUUCCGUGUUGGUUAUAAGCGUUUUGUAGUAAUUUUUCAAAUAGAUGUUCCCAUACAUUUGUAUGCAAUGCAGCUUUUUGAAAUUAGCUAAGUUAUUACUUUAUCGACUAAUAGCUGUUUUUUUUUUUUAUUAUUUUUUUCAAAGAUAGUUUCUUAAUCUGCUAUAUAAUAAUCUCUUUGCAACUACUUGCUUCAAA